UACAACUAUUGACCAUUAUUUUGGAUGUAAGCAAAAUAGUUCCAGGAUAAAGUUCAAACGAGUUAUAAUUUUUGGAAUAUCUGAAACUAUUCUUUCAUACUCUUUCCCUGUUGAGGCUUUUCCUAGUUUCAACCAAUAACUGGCGAUAAAACGAGUGUGUUCAAAGGCUCCACCUACACUGUUCCUUUUUGGCCUAACAGCCCCAUUACUACCGAAACACAACAUUACAAUACAAGACUCCGACUACCUUGUAACGGCUGCCAAGGAGGAAUAUCGGUUCCACUUCAGGGUCAGUCCUGGUCCGACAAUUUUAUCACGGCCAACGAGCAGACGGUUUUUUUCCAGGUCUAGGACACGAUUGAAUGCCAAAGACGCUCAUCAUUCUUCCCAGAAUGACUUCUUUCAUACUUCGAGAUGCGAUGAACUAAGCAGAGUUGAACACAAAUUGUUUUGAAGUUCGCCGCCUUGAUUGGAUCCCUUCAAUCAAUUUCUGUUUGGAAUACUAAACAACUACAGGACUCAACUCGAAGCGCAUCCUGAAAAGUACUCGGUACUCAUCUUCCGGUCACGUAGUGACCAGAAAUUAAAAACUGAAAUUUCAGAACCGCAAUCUCUAACAAGGAUCCGAACCUCAUCCUUAUCCACGUUCGCUUCUGGCUUCAUUUUAAUCACGAAACAGAAUUCAAAUAAAGCAGCCAUAAGCAGUUAAGAUCCUGCUCGGAUUUUCAUGAUGUCGUGGCUUUCGCCCAAUUUAGGAGUAGACAAUAUAUUGGCGGGUCCCGUGCCAGACCCUUCCGAGGACACCGAGGCCAAGCGCUACGAACGGCGAGAAGUUGUGGCGGAAUGGAGAGUCCCGAUGCAUGGCAAAGUGCAUCGUAUUGAGUUCGAGCACGGUACCACGAGCGGGAAACGUGUCAUUUGGGUCGACGGGCAGGAGGUCACUCGACGUGAAUGGAUGUUCAAGUUGGUGGGUGAGGACUUCUUCACACUGGAGGGUCUUCGAUGCAUCAUUCGGGUCGAUCCGGCACCUGGCUUCAAGUACUAUUAUCAGUUGUUCGUCGAUGGGCAUCCUUUUGAGCAGUUCACAGAGCACCAGGCUCGGGUACUCAAAACAUGGCUCGUUAGAGCUGACGAUGAUGGCAAGGAAUACAGAAUUGUUCUCGAGAGAGAGUCCUUAAACAUAUUCUUGAAUGGGAACUUGCGAGAGGAAGUGGGUGAGUUUGUUGAUGGAGGCACUGACACAGAGUUCAGUGAGGACGGAAUCACAUUUAUUCUAAGUGCGCGAGCCAGUGGGAAUAAAAAGGACACUAUGAUUUAUACCCUAACCGCGAACGGAGAAGAAGUUUCAGAGCACACCGCUGAGUGACGAAAUGUAUGUGAAUUGUAAAAAUUGUUAU